AUGACCUCUUAUUGCCCAGCAUGCGGAAAACUAGUUUAUUUUGCCGAGAAGAUCUUCGCACUUGGAGCCGACUGGCACAAGUCAUGCUUCAAAUGCACAAACAAGGAGUGUAAGAAAAUCCUUACUCUCGGGAAGCAGGUCGAUAAGAAUCAGAAGCCAUACUGUGCACAUUGCUAUGAUGUCUACUUCGGACGGACCCAAUACAAGCAGCAAUUUGUCAAAAUUCAUGAUUUCGCAGGAGAAGACACCGAGGAGGACUAG